UCUAAACUUCGAAUUCCUUCUUCCAGAGUUCCAGGUGAAUAUUUCACGCCUUGGUUGCUCACUCGCUGCUGACAUUAACCUUUCUAGUAGUUUCUCCCGCAAUCAAAAAUGAGUUUCUUUGUAUUGCCACAAACUGGAGUUGGAUUAAAAAUCCGAUCCCUCUCUAGAUUACUCUCUCGGGCACAACCAAAUUAGAGAGAGGAAAAAAAAAUCGAACUCAUCCUGCUCAAUUGCUGCAAAGUGGACGCUGUUCUCUAUUUCGGAACCAACAAAUUUUCCAUUGCAGUUCAAUAACGUGGAGAGUUAAGUAAAAUCUUUUCCAAGGCAUCGAUUUAUUAAGGAGUCAUUGCUGGUGCCAGGAGUACUGCUAUUAAUCUAGGUUUGUUCAUCAUUCAUCAGACGCAACAGCACAAUGGUAGCUGUGAAAUUCAAACUUACUGUUCCUGAAAAUGUUGAUGGGAUUGCGCUUGAUCCAGAACCUGAUUGGAGCUUUAAUGCUCUAUUACUGGAGCUCAAUUCAAUUGAAAGGAAGAUUACUGCAUCUCCAAAGUUUCCAGCUUAUACCAAAAUGCAACCACGGGAUCUGUCUACAUCAAAAAGUGGUGCUCGGACGGGUUUUGUGAUGCGGGUGGAGGAGAUAGUAAGCGAUAGCGAGGAUGAGGUUUCUGAACAAUCUGCCACUGUGGGAAAGCGGUUCAACUUUGACGAACUGUAUACAAGUGAUAGUGAUAUUUCAAAAGAUCAGUUAGCCUUUGAAGCUGAACAUCAUCUAAUGGAUAAAGUGGGGUUGGUGGAAGGUGCUUUGUCUGAGUUAACUCAUGACCAUCAUCUUAGUGCAACGGAGGAAGUUAGAACACAAAUAUUAGCAUUAGAAACAGAUCUGAUGGGUGAACAACAGAAGUUUGCCUCUACACUUGCAACAGUUGUGAAGAAUGCUGAAACACAACAGGAAAUGGAUCGGAGACUUGGCAUGCAAUAUCAGCGCAAAAUUGCAGAAGCACUUGAUGAUCACUUGAUAGCCGUACAAAGGGAUCAUGAACAUAGAUCCCAAAUAGAAGAAAGGAGAAUAAGAGAUGAUGCAGCCCGUGAAGAGGCCAAAAAAAGAGAGAAAGUUCUUCAGGAAGAGAAAGCUAGGCUAGAAAAAAUUAGAGCUGAAGCAGAGAUGCAAGCUAAACUAGAAGCCGAAAGAAUUGAAAAAGCAAAAGUAGCGGAAUUGGAAGCCCAGCGGAAAGCAGCUGAGGAGGCUGCAGAGAAGAAAGCCUCUGAGAAUGUUAAGAAUAAUACAGCUGAUGCUCCUGUGGUUGUAAACAAGGUCUCAGGGCAGGCAGUGGAAUUAGGAUCUGAUGUACAAAAUUCUCUACAAUCACGAGGAAAGAUUGUCAAAGGUGCAGAAAAUGCUUUGAAUUUAGAGGAGAAAAGAUUGAAGAUCUAUAAGGAAUUAGCUGUAAAAAAUGAGACUCUGGGUUUGGGCUCUAAAAGGGAAUAUGAAACACAUAAAAAUGACAUGCGGAGGAGGAUUAGAACCAUCUCUGGUGUAAAAGAAAAUAUCAGUGUGAAAGCAGAUGAGUUGAUUAAGUUAAUAAAUUAUUCACCAUGUCCUCAAUCCAUCAGCAUUGCUAUCUUUGCCGAACAGGUGGUUUCCUGGUGUGUGAGUCGUGCUGGAAACUCUAACAGUAUCCCUUAUGCUUAUGGCCGUGUAAUUGUUCUUGUUACAUCAAAGGUCCCACUUGCAAUGGAUAUUCUCAUAGCUGAAUUGAACAAAGUAUGCAUUUAUACAGUCCCAAAGCAUAUAAGUUAUUCUCAGUCAGUAUUCAAGACCAAAGAAGCUUACUAUAGAGCUAUCGGCUUUCAAGAUGAUGGAAAGAUCGAAACUGUUGAUAGUUAUCUAAAUCGGUUAUGUGCCUACAUGAAACUCUAUGGAGCUCUUGUUCAGACCGAAGUUGAGGGCUUCCAAAACUUGCAUGGCCACCAAGAAGGUUGGGCAUGGUUGGCUAGAUUCUUAAAUGCGGUCCCGGCAAACUUGUAUACUGCUACUGCGCUACAAGCAUUUCUUGAAAUGGCAGGUUUUGUACUAUACAGGAAAUACAAGUAUCAUUUCGAGAAACUACUGAAUAUCAUUGCCAAAGACUUCAUGAAAGCAAUUGAAGAUUUACAGUCAAGCCCAGUCACCACCAGGCUCCGGAGUUAUAUAGAGUCAAAGCAGUAUCUGAAUGAACCGGAAGGGUGGCGUCUCAAGACUUCCUUAGAUUCAAGCUAUUUUGUUCCUGAUGGCUGAUACAGAACGCAAGCAGUAACAACAUAACUCCCAAAUGAAUUUCUGAAGCCCAAAGGUUAUCACCCACAUUGUCAUUUGCUUUUAUAUGGGGAGUAAAAGGUGAAGAAAGGAUGUGUACUUCCCCAAGAUGUUGGUGCCUUGGUGGACCUCUUUUCAAAGCAGAACUUGAAGAUCUGGGAUCUACAUUUUAUCAUUUUAAAAAUUCUGAAAUUUUGAGGAUGUUUUUGCAUUUUAAGCCUAAUCUGUAGUA